GGGUGAUAACGACGCCGCGCCCCCUCCUUAGCACACCGACUCUUCAUUCUGCUCCUCCCCUGCGCUGCUGCUGCCAGCUGUUAGCUGUUCACCGCCUCUUGUCUGUCUGUCAGUCGGUCCUGUCGAAACAACUCCCGUCCUGCCAUCAUGGUCUCCUUCUCCUGCGAGGGCUGUGGAGACGUCCUCACAAAGAAGAAGCUCGAUGGCCAUCGCAACCAAUGCUAUGGCGCUACUUUUACCUGCCUCGAUUGCAUGGUCCACUUUCCUGGCACUUCCUACAAGUCCCACACGUCCUGCAUAACUGAAGACCAAAAGUACCAAGGAAAACUCUACAAAGAGAAGAAAAAAGGUCCGCCCCAGAAGAGGGACAGCGCAUACCACGACAACUCGCAAGCCCUCACCCCGCACAACGCAUACGCCGAAGAUGCCCCCGCCGAAGACAACGCCCUGGCUGUCGUUGAUGCCCCGCCGCGCGCGCCGACUCCUCCUCCAGCGGCGCAUUCCCUGGGCUACCACGAGCAAGCGGCCAUUGAGGCUCCCAACGUCUUUGACUUCCUCGACCCAUCCUCGACGCCCAUUGCUCCGCGAACGACAGCGCCCAUUAACGAAGCGCGCAUGCUCGAAGACAGACAGCCGCCUGCGUACGAGGACCAGUACAUGCCUACAAUUGCCGACGUCAUGAAGUUUCAAGUGGCCGAUGACGAUGAAACCUUUGCGCAAAAUGGUUUCUCGGCCAAUCAGAUUCGUCCCUCGCGAGAGCAACACGAUUCGUAUACUACGCCUGCUCCCAAGGCGAAACACUCGAGAACCAAGUCGCGCGACACCGAUGUUGAGACGACAAGCAAGAAGACGGACCGCAAGCGCAAGCGCAACUCUCCCACCCAGCUUGACCUGUCGCUGGUUAGAGCUCAAGAUGAAAAGGAUACCAUGAUGGCCGAUGCGCCUGCGACGCUCCACUCUGGCCUGACUGGAGGGCUGAGCAGAUUGCUGGCUCGACCAGAAUUCCCGCCGUCGCCAGACGACUCGGGUGACUAUGCCAACUCGCCCUUGAGUCCCAUGAAACGCGCCAAGCAGGGUAACUCAUCGGCGCUCAUGCGUGCACAGCGAGAGUACGAGGAAGAGGAGCAAAAGCAGCGCAAAUCUGACACAAAGGCACGCGAGCAGGCAGAGAAGAAAGAAGCCGAAAAGAAGGAAAAGAAGGACAAAAAGGAUAAGAAGGACAAGGAUCGUGGGCGCGAACGUGACCGAAAGGAGCGCAAGUCCAAUGGCACGUUGGUCAAGAUUCGAUCCAAGAAGAAGCGGGAAGACUCGACAAAGGAAGUGCGCCGCAUCCGUCGCAGGCAGUACUCUUCCUCGGUUUCGCCAGCGCCUCAAGACCGCAAAGUCGUCAAAGCCAUUGAGUACAACCGGUCGGCCUCUGACUCUCCAGAGCCCAAUGGCGAAGGCCAGCUCAUUGUGCGCCCCAGCGGAGAUGUCACACCUUUCUCGCCAGACCUCAACACCCGCGCUGGACUAUUCAUGUCCUUCAUCACCAAGGGACCGGAUUCUGAGCGCGGCAUGAGCAUCAACAAAGCUCUGAAGCGAUACCACCGUGAGCGCCACGAGCACUUUGACCGUGUGCCUUCCAAGGCUGAAGACGAGAAAGAGCUCUGGAAGGAUCUACGCCUCAGGAAGAACGACCGGGGUGAGGUUGUUCUUUUCUUUGCCCCGGCCGAGGCUGCCUGACUAGACGGGGACGUCGACAUCAUCAUGCGCAUGCGGGCGUGGUCAUGCUCUGAUCCAACGCCCAGUCAAGGCUCCGACGAUAUGGUUGAUGUUUGAAAGUCGACGGUGGAAGAAAAAAAUGAAUUUUUGGGGCCACGGAGGAGUGGCCAUUCUCCCUCACACUUUUCCUCCUUCUAUGAUGAUACCCGGCUUCCAGGUCAUUGGCGAUUUGGGUGGGCUUGGUGCAUUAUGUGUUAUGUUUUACGUUCAUAUCCAUGUAUUGUUCUUGUUUUUUCUUUUACUCGUUUUGUUUCGAAUAUCAUUCUGCUAUCAUGUACUUAUUCUUACGGCAAUACCUCGUUUGUCUUUUUUUUUUCUUGGUUUGGUAUCUUUUGGCCAAAACACCUGCCCUAAUACUCUACGG